AAACACAUGGUGAGAAACACCAGGAACCUCGACUUAAGUUGGCAGAAGGCCCGCUCCAGGCCUGGUUGAAAGACUACUGCUGGAGGGUAAAUCAACCACGGCCUUUGGAGGAGGCCAUACCCCUGCUGUCUGGAUGCUCGAAAAAGAGUAACAAGGGCAAAUGCCGCGAUCGCAAUCUUCCACGAGAAAGAACCUCGAUCUUUCAUCUUCUGGAAGAUUUCCAGCGCCCGCACUUUCCAUACCUUUCUAUGACCAGAUUAGCAAGGAACCUCGAGGCCGCUGGAGACGAUUUUCCUCGUGGAUGCGCCUUCCCCCUCCCAGAUCUGUGCUCACCGCAUUCUCGCCCAGGCGCCCACCGCUGGAGAUCGCUCCUCCUUCCUGCAAAUCUUCGCUGGAUGGCACCUCCUCGUCAAGGCUCAAGAACGAUGCCAUGGAAAACCACCGCCAUUGCCAUUAUACGCUACUGCUGCACAUUUUCGAUCCAGGGGGCUCUUUACCCGGGCGGUGUGCUGCUGCCGGGCGUGCUCUAUGAGUCGAGCAGCAUGGUCUUUCUUCUCAGUCUCAGACAUCUUCAAACUAGGCUCACAAGCACAAGCACUGCUUUUCCGCGUCCAGAUCGCUUCAUUCCUCAUCUUCGCCACCCUUUGGCCUCGAGCAUUUUCCAAGAUAAAAUGGAGGCCUGUAGUUCAUCAACAUCCAAGGCGUGGAGUGACCACAACGCAACUUGUGAUGAGAUGAGUUGGUGA